AAGGUGGAGCUGGAGCGCGUAGGAAGCUUCUACGGCAACUCAGAGUAACAACGCUACAACACUCUUAGUGCAUCUAUCCUACUAUCACUGAUCCUUCGACUCUGUAAUCCCCUAACCUUUCAACCAUUACUAUGGCACCCUUCGGCAUCCUCUACACAACAAACACCUUCCUCCACGCGCGCGUCACCAAGAUCCUCGCCGCCGCACACCUCAACAACCUCAACAUCACCAUUGCUCCCGAGUUUGAGUACGGCGUCACCAACCAAACCCCCGAAUACAAAGCCAAGUUCCCCCACGGCAAGAUACCUGCUCUGGAGACACCCUCUGGCUUUUACCUCGCCGAGGCCGCCGCCAUCGCAUACUAUGUGUCCGAGUCCGGCCCCUUCAAAGACCAAUUGACCGGACGCACGGCGGAGGACAGAGCCCUGGUGCAGAUGUGGAUGUCCUUUGCAGACUUGGAAGUCUUUCUUAACGCGACGGGUAUUCUUGGCCCCAUCAUGGGUGUCCAGAAGUACAUCCCCGAGACGGUUGAGGAGAAAGAGAAGCAGUUCGUUCGUGCGCUGAAGCGCCUGGAGUAUCAUCUUGCUCAGGAAGGGAAAGUGUGGCUUGUGCGCGACGAUGAGUUCAGUCUGGCAGACCUGAGCGUUGCAGCGAGCUUGUACUGGCCGUUGAGAUUCUUCAUGGAUGACGAGUAUAGGAAGGAGUACCCGAAGACGAUGGGUUGGUGGGAGAGUUUGAUGGGCGUGGAGGCUGUGGGGAAGGCAUUUGGGGCGCCGGUGAAGCUGUGCGAGCAGAGGCCGCCGGCAGAAGGGAGUAAGCCACCAGCGAUGAAGGAUCAGUAAAUUCGGGAGUUGAUCUGGUUCGUCUAUCCUAUGAGAGUGCAGCUAAAAAAGGGGUAUGGCCCGGUUGGUGCGGUUGGUGCACAGGACUAACCCAAUCUCAAACGGAGAUAUGGACACCUCGGGAUUAAGACUAGGUUCAGAGUAGACUAAGCCAUUCCAAGAAACAAUUUCAUCUGCAACUACGCACUGGCGGUUAGGCGUGUAUGCCGACGUUUCCCACAGAAGUAGUUGCAUGUGCCUAGAAUGUAAAUU